UCCAUUCCAGUGUUGGCGGCGUUGGCUUCUACCGACAGAAUCCAACAUGGAGUAACCAGAGAUGGGGCUCGUACGGGGCCAUCCUCACCGACAUCAACGCACGAUUUCAAUUACCGCAUUUCAGCAUGGGGCGCGACGGGAUUAAAUCGGUGGAGGUAUUCCAAAGGGAUUUACACUCUCGUGGAUGCACUCGAAUAAUUGUAGUGAAGCGCUGAGAGACGAAGAAGAGAAGCAAGAAAUAACGCAAACAAACAAACAUAGAAAAAAAACACUCGGAAAACUAGGCUGAUACUGUUACGGUGUGUGAUCGAGGUGUUGGACGAGAAGGGCAAGACAAAAUGAAGACACCACACAAUGUACCCUCGGUGGGAUAUUAUUGUAGGUGAAACGAAAAAAAUGACCGAGGAAACACACCCAGACGACGACAGCUACAUUGUGCGCGUCAAAGCGGUGGUCAUGACCCGGGACGACUCGAGUGGCGGCUGGCUGGCCCAGGACGGUGGGUGCCUCAGCCGUGUGGGCGUGUGCAAGGUGCUGUCGGCCGAGCUGCUGGACCGAAGCAGCUUCCUCAUCCACGGCGAGCGCCUCAAAGACAAACAGGUGAUUCUGGAAUGCUUCCUGAAGAAGGAUCUGGUGUACACCAAGGCCACGCCCACAUUUCACCACUGGAAAGUGGACAACAAGAAGUGUGGUUUGACGUUCCAGAGCCCGGCCGACGCACGCGCCUUCGACCGUGGGGUCAGGAAAGCCAUGGAGGACCUGACGGAAGGUACGGGAGGGGAAGGCGAAGACUAUGAGGGCUGUAUCUCAAUGCUCUUGAACGGAUCUACCACCUCCUCUUCGACCAUCCAGAACGAGGCCGAGUUGGGCGACGAUGAUGUUUUCACUAAUGCCACCGACAGCUCGUCCAACUCCUCCCACUCCCAGAAGAAGGAGCCCCUGCAGCUGCAGACCCUGGCCCCGCCCAGCUUCUGCGAGCCGCGCCGCCACCACUGCAUCCUGGGCCACUUCUACGACCAGCACCGACCCUCGGACCACUACUUCCUGGAUCAGUCGGUUCCCAUGUUCCCACGCCACGUCAGCUUCCAGGUGGAGGAGGAGGAGAUCGUGCGCAUCAACCCUCGCGAGCGGACCUGGCUGACUGGGUACGAGGACUACCGGCACGCCACCGCCACGCGCGACAAGCUCAUCCAGCACCCCGAGGACGCCGACGCCUACGUGCACUUCGCCAAGAGCGAGCCGCCCAAGCACGACUACACCUACCCUUACCCCCUGGGCCUUGAUCCCCACCAGCAUGCAAGAGACCCCAAGAUAGGCUGCGUGGACCGACUUGGUGGGGGCGGCCUUAUCGGGGGACACAGGGCGGUGGUCACAGCCCAGCCUCGCACCCUCCAGCUCAAGGGCAAGCGGCGGAAGGAAGACGGCGAGCGCUCGCGCUGCGUCUACUGCCGGGACAUGUUCAACCACGAGGAGAACAGGCGCGGGCGGUGCCAGGAGGCGCCGGACCCAAUCCAGACGUGCAUCCACCGGGUCAGCUUCAUGUGGUGCGCGGACAGCCUGCUCUACCACUGCAUGUCGGACCCGGAGGGCGACUACUCGGACCCGUGCUCGUGCGACACCAGCGACGAGCGCUUCUGCCUGCGCUGGCUGGCCCUGGUUGGGCUGUCGCUGCUGGCCCCCUGCAUGUGCUGCUAUGCCCCCCUGCGCGCCUGCUACCGCUGCGGGGUGGCCUGCCACUGCUGCGGGGGCAAGCACAAAGCCGUGGGCUGAGGGCCAGGAGGGAGAGAGAGAGUGGAGAGUAGAACAGAGAACCAUGGAAGGGACUGGACCGGAAGAGGGUGGCCCCGCUAUUCUUUUGUUUUGAGUUUUUGUUUUCGCUGUUGUGUCUCUCGGCCAAAUUCCAGAUGGGAAAACAAUUGGCUUGUCCCGAUUCUUUUCUAAAUGGAAAUUUCUCUCGGUGGAAAGAAAGAGAAAAAAUAAGUUUCCUAAUGUUUUUUAUUUUUUAUUUUAUUUUUUAUAGGGGUACCCUGCCUACGGCUUCCACGUCCUUGCAUUACAAAGACUAAAACAAUGAAUAUUCAUAUAUAAAUAUAUAUAAACAGGUACUUUAUAUUUUUACACUCAUGUGUUUUAAAGGCUUGAAUAUUUUUAUUUUUAUCAGUGUUUUGUGUGAGGUCAGUGUGAGCGUUGUUUUUUGAGGGGGGCUCUCACUUUGUGUUCCCCUCGCAUGGCUCACCACCAAUCACAGAUCAAGCUGGUUCCCGCCUGUAAAGCAGAGGCACUUAAAUCAAGGGUGUGUCCUAAAUGGUACCUUAUUCCUUAUAAAGUGCACUACUUUUGAUCAUAGCCCCAUGGGCCCUUGUCUAAUGUAGUGCAAUAUAUAGGUAAUACAGUGCCAUGUGGGAUGCAGCCCAACUGUGAUCAUGUCUGCCCCUCCCAGCCAAUGAAACAAAAGGCAAACGUUUAACCAGUGUUUCCUCAUUCUGCACCUUGACUACUCCUGACCUAGCCUGUUCCCAGAUCAAUUAGACCUGGGGCCAGGCUACCCCUGACUAUAAAGAUUUUUUUUAAAUCAAAUUAAACCUAAUAUCAAUGAAUGUCAGUGGAGACACACCAGGGGAAAAAACCUGAAAGUACCAUUCUACUGCUUAGUCAAAUUAGACUAAAUGUAUUGUGGAUUCGACCCAGAACAAAAUCUAAAAUGGGUCAGGGGUACUUGACUAUUGGAUGGGGAAACUCUGCUUUAGACACUUAAUCUGUAGGGUUGUUGUUGUGUGUCUGUGUGACUUCCUAUGUGCAAAAGUCUGGAAAAUGGAAUGGGUAACAAUGUAUCCCAGAUUGCUAUUGUUGUGACUUCAACUAAAAGCCAAAAUGACAAAAUAAGCUGCAGCAUUUA